AUGGCCCGGAGCCAGCUGUCGUUCCCUCGUUGGACCCUGCUGCUCUCCCUGGCGAUUCUGCUAGGAUGCCUUGUGAUUCCCGGUGUCGCCGUGAAACAUGAGAAUUUCAAGAAAUGCUCCCAGUCCGGUUUCUGUCAGAGAAACAGGGCCUUGGCCGAUGAGGUCUCCUCCAAGGGUUCAUCCUGGAACUCUCCCUACGAAUUGGAUGCCUCGACCAUUCAAUUCAAAGACGGUCAGCUGCAAGGAACAGUUCUCAAAUCGAUAUCUCCUACGGAGAGCGUCAAGCUACCGCUGGUCGUUUCCUUCCUCGAUUCGGGUGUCGCUCGGAUCGUCGUCGAUGAGGAGAAGCGCCUGAACGGCGACAUUGAGAUUCGCCAUGGUAGCCAGGCGCGAAAGGAGCGAUAUAACGAGGCACAGUCCUGGGCUGUGGUUGGUGGUUUGGAAGUGAGCAAGUCUGCGGCGUUGAGCUCGGAACCCCAGGACGGCGUCACCAAGGUUCUGUAUGGACCCGACAACUCCUACCAGGCCAUCAUCCAUCACGCACCGUUUUCGGUAGAAUUUCAGCGGGAUGGACAGACCCAUGUGCAGUUGAAUAACAAGGGCUACAUGAAUAUGGAACACUGGCGGCCCAAGGUGGAAGCCCCCUCCGAUGGGGAGCAGGAGGUUCUCACUUCCCAGGAGGAUGAGGGUACUUGGUGGGAGGAAACCUUUGGUGGAAACACAGAUUCCAAGCCCAGAGGCCCCGAAAGUGUGGGGUUGGACAUUACUUUCCCCGGCUACCGCCAUGUAUUCGGAAUCCCUGAGCAUGCGGACUCGCUCUCUCUAAGAGAAACCCGAGGAGGCCCCGGGAACCAUGAGGAACCCUAUCGCAUGUAUAAUUCUGAUGUGUUUGAAUAUGAGCUCGACAGCCCCAUGACCCUGUAUGGUGCCAUUCCACUCAUGCAGGCCCACCGUAAGGACUCCACCGUUGGUGUCUUCUGGCUCAACGCUGCGGAAACCUGGGUUGAUAUCGUCAAGUCCAAGUCCGAUACACAAAGCCAUUGGUUCUCUGAAGCUGGUCAACUCGAUGUCUUUGUCUUCCUGGGACCCACUCCUCAGGAUAUCAGCAAGGACUACGGUGCGCUGACGGGAUACACUCAACUCCCUCAGCACUUUGCCAUUGCCUACCACCAAUGCCGUUGGAAUUACGUUACCGAUGAGGACGUGAAGGAGGUUGAUCGCAGCUUCGACAAAUACCAGAUUCCUUAUGACGUGAUCUGGCUCGAUAUUGAGUAUACCGAUGACCGAAAGUAUUUUACCUGGGAUCCCUUGACCUUCCCUGACCCAGUUAGCAUGGAGGAGCAACUCGAUGACUCCGACCGCAAGCUUGUGGUUAUUAUCGAUCCGCAUAUCAAGAACCAGGACAAGUUCAGUAUCUCCAACGAAAUGAAGAGUAAGGGUCUAGCUACGAGAAACAAGGACGGCGAUACCUACGAAGGCUGGUGCUGGCCCGGAUCCUCUAACUGGAUUGACUGCUUCAACCCUGCGGCCAUCAAAUGGUGGACUGGCCUCUUCAAAUAUGACAAGUUCAAGGGAACCCUCCCCAACGUCUUCAUCUGGAAUGAUAUGAAUGAACCUUCCGUAUUCAACGGGCCCGAGACUACCAUGCCCAAGGAUAACUUGCACCACGGCAAUUGGGAGCAUCGCGAUGUCCACAAUAUCAACGGUCUCACCUUUGUCAACGCCACAUACCAGGCUAUGCUAGAGCGCAAGAAAGGUGAACUCCGCCGCCCGUUUAUUCUGACCCGGUCGUUUUAUUCCGGUGCUCAACGCGUAUCCGCCAUGUGGACCGGAGACAACCAAGCUACUUGGGAGCAUCUGGCCAUUUCGCUUCCCAUGGUCCUCAACAACGGUAUUUCCGGUUAUCCCUUUGCGGGUGCUGAUGUUGGCGGGUUCUUCCAUAACCCGAGCAAGGAGCUACUGACACGUUGGUACCAAACCGGCAUCUGGUAUCCUUUCUUCCGCGCACACGCACAUAUCGAUACUCGACGACGCGAACCCUACCUCAUUGCGGAGCCUUUCCGCUCCAUCAUCACUCAGGCUAUCCGUUUGAGGUAUCAGCUCCUCCCUGCAUGGUACACUGCUUUCCACGAAGCUUCGGUAAAUGGAACCCCGAUCGUGAGACCCCAGUUCUACGUGCAUCCAUCCGAUGAAGCAGGCUUCACCAUCGACGAUCAGCUCUACCUCGGGUCUACUGGUAUUCUCGUGAAACCGGUGGUCUCCGAGGAUACCAACACCGCUGAGGUUUACCUUGCAGAUGAUGAGAAGUACUACGACUACUUUGACUACACCGUUUAUCAGGGCGCCGGGAAGAAGCAUGUAGUUCCCGCUCCGAUUGAAAAGGUCCCAGUGCUGAUGCAGGGCGGGCACAUUAUUCCGCGCAAGGAUCGCCCCCGCCGUAGCAGCGGCCUGAUGAAGUAUGAUCCCUACACCUUGGUCGUGGUCCUCGAUCGCAACGGACAGGCCGACGGCACUCUUUACGUUGACGAUGGGGAGACCUUCGACUACCAGCGUGGAGGAUACCUGCACCGCCGCUUCCAGUUCCAGGACUCGGUCCUAUCGUCGGAGAACAUCGCAAUUCCCGGACCACAGACGGCAGCUUAUCUCAAGACAGUCGCCAAAGUCCAUGUGGAGAAGAUAGUGGUGAUUGACCCUCCACAGGAAUGGAAGGGAAAGACUAGUGUCACCGUGAUGGAGGAUGGGGCAAAGGCGUCUUCGUCGGCCUCGAUGGAGUACUUCGCCCAGGAGGGAGGCCAGGCUCCGUAUGCCGUUGUGAAGAAUCCUCGUGUGGGAAUUACCAAGACAUGGCGCAUUGAAUUCUAA